GUCUGAUGAUUCUUUCUUCCAGUGUGACUGCAGCACUCUGCAGAGGAGCCCCCCGACACAAGACGAAGAUCCUUCCAACAAAGACUCCGACACCGACCGCAUCCUGGCCGCCGCCCACUCCUCAUCCGGGAGAUACUUCGCUCUGACCGAUGACCGCAAACGUCUCGUCUUAUUCCGAACACACCCCGUCUGGGGGAGGGUCAGCGUCAGGUGGGUGUCGCGGCGCUGCACGGCGGUCACCUUCUCCUCCUGUGAAUCCUACGUUCUGGUGGCGGAUAAGUCUGGGGACGUCUUCUCCUUCUCUGUGACCAAUCCCCAGGAAGAGGGGCGGCUGGAGCUCGGCCAUCUCUCCAUGCUGCUGGACCUGGCGGUGACUCCGGAUGGGCGCUAUAUUAUCACCUGUGACCGCGAUGAGAAGAUCCGGGUCAGCCUGUGGGAGGCGCCACAUGUCAUCAGCGCCUUCUGUCUCGGGCACACAGAGUUUGUGUCACAGCUGCUGGCACUGCCCGGCCCGGAUAAUGUGCUCCUCUCUGGAUCCGGGGAUGGGACGGUACGGCUGUGGAAAUAUGAAUCUGGGGAAGAGAUUCACAUCUGCAACCUCAAAGAUGUCCCGAGACCGGGAGACGAUGAGGAGACCCAGAGGUUUGCAGUAUCCAGACUGAGCUGCUCCCCGGGAGGAGAACACCUGGCCGUGCUUUGUGAUGGGAUGUCGGGGGUCUUCCUGUUCUCUGUGUCCGGUGGCCCCUCCCUCACCAACACCCAGUACAUUUCUCUGCCUUAUGUCCCAUUGGAUGUGGACUUUGAAGACUCCGCCUCCCUGUGGGUGUUAUCGGGGGUGAAGGAGAACCCUGUAGAGCUGCACAGAUACAACAAUAGUGCCUGGCAGCCGGCACCACUGGAUGAAAACGCCAAGAGAUUGUCUGAGACCAUUGGAGAGAACUGGGAACAGCUGGAAGGCGCGGCGUCUCCGGAGAGCCGGUUCAGCGGAUUGUAUAAAGUGGUGUUUGACAACAUGGCCACCUACCUGAUGAAGAAAGAAGCUCGCCUCCAAUCGGAGAAGAGGAAAGUGCCCUCCGGAUCGGGCAGCGCUGCAGUGAAGGUGCAGAAGACGUGAGAACCUGGAACCCAGCAAUCUGCACCUGACACUGGGGGCCCCUGGGGGGCCAUUCCCCGAAGGUGCAGCAAAGGUGGAACUCUACGGGGGCCAGAACUUGGUGGGCGGAGCUGGAGAUCUGUGAUUAGAAGAAUCCAUCAACUCUCCUAACCAAGGGGGGGGGGACGGGACAGAGCCCCUCUUCACACUCCACCCAUCCCCAGUAGACGGGUAUCUCCCAUUUGUCUGCUGAUACCCCUCACAUUCCCCCCUGGAGGGGCCAGCACCCCCACUAAAGGCUACUCCCCUCCCCCCUCCCGUAUGGACUAGCACCCCCCACUAAAGACUGCUUCCCCCCCCAGUAGGGACUAGCACCCCCACUAAAGGCUACUCCCCUCCCCCCUCCAGUAUGGACUAGCACCCCCCACUAAAGACUGCCUCCCC